GCAGAGGCUGCAGGCAGACCUCCCUCUCCUCGGACGGCUCUGCGGUGUCGGUGUCCCGGAGUGUCGGACCCAGCAGCGGGCUCCGUGAGGCGGCCUCUCUGGGUCCCACCAGCCGGUGUUUCCUCGGUGAGCAUCGGUGCGGGUUUUCCUCUAAUGAUGGCUGAAUGAGCUGACCGCUGGGACAGUCUGGAGCUGCUGGUCUUCGCUCUGCAGUUCAUGCUUCCUUGCCUCCGUCGGAGGUCUGACGACAGACAGACCGCGGCGCCUCGGCAACCAUCCAUGCGGGCUUCCGUGGCAGGCUGCAGGAUGGGCUUUGGCGCGCUCCUUAACGGGUUGCUGGUGUCAGUGAUCGCGGCUCUCCUUUGGAAGCACUCCAAGCUGUGUGAGCAUGCGGCCUCACUAGAGGAGGAGCUGCAUAUGACGCAGCAGUCACAGGAGGUCUCUCAGGCCCACAUAGACUACCACCUGGCCCUGCAGGCUCUCCAGGAACAUGGCACCCGCAUGGUGUGCAACGGAAAGAUGCACACUGACCGGAUCUGCCGCUUCGACUACCUGUGCUACUCCUCGGAGGCGGAGGAGUUUGUGUUUUUCCACACCAACUCCUCUGUCAUGCUGCCUAAUCUUGGAUCCAGGCGCUUUCAACCCGCCCUGCUGGAUUUGUCCUCAGUAGAAGAUCACAACACGCAAUAUUUCAACUUUCUGGAACUCCCAGCUGCUACGUUAAAGUUCAUGGCCAAACCUGUGUUUGUUCCAGACGUGACUCUGAUCCUGAACAGGUUCAAUCCAGAUAACCUCAUGCACGUGUUCCACGAUGACCUCCUUCCUGCCUUCUUCACCAUGAAGCAGUAUUCAGACCUGGACAGCGAGGCACGCCUGGUGUUCAUGGAAGGCUGGGAAGAAGGGCCACACUUUGACCUUUAUCGGCUCCUCAGCAGCAAGCAGCCUCUCCUCAAACAACAGCUGAGGAACUUUGGAAAGCUCCUGUGUUUCACUAAGUCCUACGUUGGAUUGUCCAAGAUGACCACCUGGUACCAGUAUGGCUUCGUCCAGCCGCAGGGGCCCAAAGCCAACAUUCUGGUUUCAGGAAAUGAGAUCAGACAUUUUGCCAAAGUGUUAAUGGAGAAAAUGAACAUAACGAGGUGGGAGGAGGAAGAGGGGGAUGGAGGACGGCCAGAGGAAGAGAGGGCGGAUUACAUCGCUGUGUUUAGUCGCUCAGCAACAAGGUUGAUUCUGAACCAAGCGGAGCUGAUAAUGGCCUUAGCCCAGGAGUUCCAGAUGAGGGUGGUCACCGUGUCCCUGGAGGAGCAGUCUCUUCCCAGCAUCAUCCAGGUGAUCAGUGCUGCUUCCAUGUUGGUCAGUAUGCAUGGCGCUCAGUUGAUCACCUCAAUGUUUCUCCCCAGAGGAGCAACUGUAGUAGAACUAUUCCCCUUUGCUGUGAACCCAGAGCAGUACACUCCAUAUAAGACCCUGGCCUCCCUUCCAGGUAUGGACCUUCACUACAUUGUCUGGAGGAACUCUAUGGAGGAGAACACGGUCACCCACCCAGACAGACCCUGGCAGCAAGGGGGCAUUGCCCACUUAGAAAAAGAGGAGCAGCAGCGGAUCCUGGAGAGUAAGGACGUCCCCAGGCACCUGUGCUGCCGGAACCCAGAGUGGCUUUUCAGGAUUUACCAGGAUACUCUGGUAGACAUUCCAUCCUUCCUCCAGGUCCUCAGAGACGGCAUGAAGAGUAAACCAAACCUGAAGAAGACAAAGAUGGCCAGCACAGUCCACCCUGGCCGCGUCAGAGAAGCCCACUGUCAGACGUCAGUGCAGGCCCCUAACCAGGCCAAACUCACGGUUUCCUGGCAGAUCCCCUGGAAUCUGAAAUACCUAAAGGUGAGAGAGGUGAAGUACGAGGUGUGGAUCCAGGAGCAGGGAGAAAACACCUACAUGCCUUAUAUCCUUCCUCAGCAGAACUACACCUUCUCUGAGAACAUCAAGCCCUUCACCACCUACCUGGUGUGGGUGAGGUGCAUCUUUAACAAGAACCUGUUGGGCCCGUUUGCCGACGUUCUGACAUGUCGGACUUAAUAAAUAUGAUCACCUCCCUGUAGCCUCAUUGGAAGUGGAUUAGACUCCACCAGAUUAUAGAGCCACCAUGCCAUACCCCCAUGCAACCACCAGGGGGCACACGAUGGACUCCUAAAGACUCCUGGGUGAUUUAGAGCUUGUUUUCACACUUUCAAAGAUAUUUCCCCUUGAAACGACAACAGUCUUAGUGAGUAAACGUGUUUAGGAGGAAAAUGUUGUCAGAUCUUAGGAUUAGAUUUUAGCUUAAUGCUGUGUAGCUUCUGUGCUCAGAGAUCAAGGAAGAUUUGAUGUAUUCCUGACUUCUGCACCUCAGAGGAACUAUGGUUCACCCCUUUAACUGCAUGAAGGAAGCAUGUUGAGUGGUUUAAGUCCAGACUUUAACUAGGCCAUUCCAAAACAUCAGGAGACAAGCUUAUGGUUGGACCUUCUUCAAGACUCUGCAAUAAAUGGACAAUUCAAUCCUGGGACUGUAAACCCAGAGCAUCAUGCUGCCACUGCUGUGUUUAUAAGC